AUGUCUAGCUCCACAAAAUCCGUCAAGUUCGUCGCAUCGGGACCGUCGGGGCUGCCGGUCAAGCGAAAACAAGUGCAACAAGCAUGUGAAGCCUGUCGUAAGCGUAAGAAACGAUGCAUCCACACCGACGGACAGCAACAGCAACAGCAACAGCAACAGCAACAGUCCCUGGACGAAGAUGGCGAUGACCUGAAGAGCCCUUCAUCGAAUCUAUCCUCUCGGGCCCGCGACGGCCGCCCCCCGCGUCGCAACCUCCCGGACAGGUCGCCUGUCAGACAGCAUGGGAUGCCCACCGCUUACCCAUCUGGGCGCUUUGUGUGCGAUACGAAUCCCGAGGGAAUGUUUACCGAGGCCGUUGGAAACACCACUCCCACUCCCACUCCCACUUACCAGGAAAGGAGGUUCGUCUGCGACACCAACCCCGAGGGCAUGUUCGCCGAGGCCACGGGCCCGCCCCAGGACCCGGCCGCUUCUUCCCGCAACGACGAAGUCGGCGUGUGGGUGCCUUCACGGCCCCACAGAGGACCCUCCCCCCCCUCCCCCUCUUCCUCCUCCUCCUCCUCCUCCUUCUCAUCCUCUGGCUCCAAGACCCAAGCUCCCAACGCCCCGGCGCCCCGACCGUCGAUCCCUUUCGACCCCAUUCUCCUGCCCUACGUGCGGGAACACUGUCUCCCCUGCGUCCCGCCCGACAAGGACUUCCGGCAGCUCAAAAAAGUGUACAGCCGUAAGAUCCACCCCAUCUACGCCCUCGUCCCGGACUCGGUCCUCGGCGAAGACGACAGCGAAAACUCCCCCGCCCACACCGUCCUGCGGCAGGUCAUCUCCCUCGCGGCGUCGACGGACCCGUCCAUGGCGAACCACCUGCGCCUGAAGAACAAAGGUCCCGCCAAGCUGCCCCUGGCCGACUUCACCAACGCGCUCUCCGGCGCCAUCCGGACCACGCUGGCCACCAGCCUGAUCCCGGACAGGACCGUGCACAUCCGGGUGCUGUGCAUGCUUUCGCUGUACUUCCAGCCGUCGAGCGCCGACGAGAGCGAGGUGCCAUCCCAGUUCUUCGCCGAGGCCGUCCACCACUGCCAGACGUUGGGGCUCCACCUGCUCCGCACCGGCGACCCGGCCCUCGAGACGCUGUUCUGUGCCGUCUGGGCCCUCGACAAGAUCAACGCCGCCGCCAACGGCCGGCCUCGCCUGCUGUACGAGUGGGACUUUGCCGCCAGCGUCGACGAGUGCAUCGGCCGCCAGGAACCCUGUUUCCGGCUGUUCCUGAUGGUCUCGCGCUGGCUAGACCGGACCAUCGACCUCUACCGACCGGCCGUCAGCGCGGACGCCCUGGGCGAGAACAAGCCGUUCGUCGAGCUCCCGGUCCUCGAGCCCCUGAUCGUCGAAGCCAACGCGCUGGAGGUGCCGACCUUCCUCGUCGCCACCAUCGAGGUGUUCUACCACGCCGUCAUCAUCCUCUCCUGCCGUCUCCCGCGGCCGGGGGCCGGGUCGAAAUACGCCUCCAACAUCCCGCCGCCCAUGGCCAACGCGCGGCGGUCGCUCGCCUCGGAACGCAUCGCCAGCAACGUGAAGAGGGAGAAACUCAGCCCGGUCCCCUUCGUGCCGUAUGCCGUCUCGCUCUCGCUGAGCGUCGAGUACAGGAAGAUGCGCCACAGCGCGCUGCCCAUGUUCCGGUCCCGCGCGGUCGAGGCGUUCAAGGCCAACUGCGAGCUGCUGAAGCGGUACAAGGGCGUCUUCUGGAACGCGCGCGUCACCUAUGGGCUGGGGGAGAGGUUGUUGAAGGAGAUGGAGCGCGCUGCUACGUCGUUGGCGCAGGAGGCCGCGCAGGAUGCGGCGACGCAACAGCAGCAGCAGCAGCAGCAGCAAGGUUACGAUGUGGCGGUGAACGGGCUGCCGAAUCUCGAUGCGAUGAAUUUCAACUUGGAUGUGUUUGGCCAUUUCGAUCCCAGCUUUGACUUGACCAUGGCUGAUAAUGCGCUCGAGGGCAACUUGGACAUUGGGUUGCCGUUGAACUGGGGGGAUUGGGAGCAGACGGGAGCGGCCACGGGUUGA